UUCGAGCCAAGUAGAGAGAGAAAUAAGUACGACAGUAAAAAAAAAGAAGAACAUAUAAAAUAUUUUCAAAUGGUACAAAAAAUUAGAGUCUUUCCUUUCACUUAAACAUAACCAUAACAACAAACAACAGUGUUCUAAAAUUUAAUAACUUUAAGUUACAGUUACCAGUAACACUAAAGUGUGUUUUAUUUCGUUUACGUGCUUAAAUAAAAAGACCAUUAAGGCUGGAGAGUGGAGACUUUAAUGGUGAAUGUAGGGCUAGUUAGUUUUUGUUGGGUCAUAGAUGAGGUACUCUACUAACCAUUGGUACUACACAUAGCCCACUAGGCCUAGGCCUAGGCCUAGCUUUAUGUUGCCAUUAUAAAAUGAAGCUACGACAAAAAAAUAAUUAGGCUGUGGCUCACCGUGUCCAGCUUGCCUGAAAAUAGGUUAGCUAGGCUAGGCUACAUUUAACCAUUGACUAUAUUAUUUAGGUUAACUUAGGCCUAAUUCUACUGCACAAUGAUGCCAUACAAAAAAUUACCUACUCGUACAUACAGUAGGCAAUGUAAAUACAAAGAAGAUGGUACUUGGAGUCUUGGCAGUGGAGAGAUACCUGUUGAAUAUGAAUCUGCUUGUCGAUUGUGUUUGGGUAAAUCUGACAUUAUGACAUAUAUAUACAGUGAUGAAGAGAGUGUAGUGCCAAUCAAAACCAAGGUUAAAAAUCUUCUUGAAAUUGAAAUAUGUGAAGAGGACAGAUUGCCCAAUUUAAUUUGUGACAAUUGUUUGAAUCAACUUGAUGAUGCUUACAAUUUUAAGAAAAGGUGUUUGGAAAGUGAAUAUAAGCUGCGGCAGUAUUUAUAUACACCAUUAAAACCACUCAGUACUGCCACAAAUGAGCUGAAGACCUAUGAUGUAGAAAAGGAAUGGGAUUCAUCUCUUGAAGAGAAUCUAAUAUUUUUACAACCUGCUAAAGAAGAAUGUACUAUUUCUUGGGAUGAUCAAGUACCACUAGCAGCUGUAAUUUCAUCAGCAACACCAGGAAUUCUGAGUAACACUUGCACAGUGCCUAGGACCCAGUCUUUAAACAACAAUUAUAAGAACAUUUCUACUGAAAUAGCACCAAAUGAAGGAGUUGACUUACCUGCCAAGACAGUUCCUAAAGAAGUAAUUAACUUACCUGCCAAGAUAGCUCCUAAAGAAGGAAUCAACUUACGAUCGAAGACAGCUCCUAAAGAAGGAACCAACUUACGUUCGAAGGCAGCUCCUAAAGUAGAAAUUAACUUACUUUCCAAGAGAGGAAACUACAAAGUUAAACAGACCUGUCGUAAUGUUAGCAAGAUUUUAUAUCAAAAACAUCCUCUUGAUAUAAAUGAUUUGGACGACUGGCCUCUAUCUGAGAGAUUACGAAUUGAUAGUAUGCUGGCUGAGAGAAGAAAAGGAUCAUCAGAAACACCUGCUCCCACUCAAGAUCAAAAUGAUAUCGAACAGUUGAAUGAAGAUGUCAAAUUGAGGCGAAUUUCUAAGGGUUUUUACAUGUGUAAUGUGUGUCUAAAGCCUUUUAAAACACCAAGCCUGCUAGCCCGUCACAAACGAGUCCAUACUGGUGAAAAGCCAUUUUCUUGUGAUAUAUGUGACAAAACCUUCUCCCAGAAAGAACUUCUUCAGCGGCAUAUAGCGCAAAUACAUAGUUUGGACAAGCCACACAAAUGUCAAUACUGUAAGAAAGCUUAUGGUACAUUUGCCAUUCUUCGUUUUCAUAUUAAAAAAACACAUUUAACCACGAAUAAAGAGUACAAAUGCAAACUCUGUCCAAAGAGUUUCCGCCACGAUUCUGGACUCUCCAGGCACAUGAAUAUACACAAUGGCACUUACUUCUUCUGUAACAUCUGUGGAAAACACUUCAAUGAUGGGUCAUCUGUUAAAAGACACACAAAAUUGCAUGAUACAUAAACAGUGAGUACAACAUGUAACUCGGGAACAAUCAAUUACGGAUCCAACAUGUCCAAUCGUUAUAUUAAAUGUGUAAAAUACUGUUUGUCCAUCUAAAAUAAAGAUCUUUGCUGGUUCAAAAUUUUAAAAUUUGCGAAAUAGAGGCUAAACGCCUACUGAUAUUUAGGUUUUAUAUUCCUAAAUAAUGAUUAAUUCCUUUUUUGUUUUCAUAGGCUAUAUAAUUUACCGAAUGUUUUGUUCAAAGAAAAGUAAAUAUUUCCUUAUUAUCUGAGGAAUAUGAGUAUAGUAAGGGUAAAAAUAAAACAUCAAAUAAUUUGCCAUCAAGUCAUUAACAUUAUCUUUUUGUAAAAAAAUGACUACUUUCCAAUCCUGCUGGAGUUUAAUGAAAAUCUGAAUCAAAUUUAGUAAAAAGUUAUUCGGGAACUGUCUUUAUGGUAUUCAAAAAUUACAAAAAAGCAAUGGGGCAGAACUAGCCUUAAACUAACAUGAAUGCUCCAAAUAUUAACAGCUUGGAUGAUUAUCUGUAGGCAUAUGCUUGGCAAUACAAAUAUAAUACAGCGUGCAAGGAUAGCAGUCGUCUGGAUUUGUGCAGACCCUACUUUACUUGCCUAACAAGGGAAAACUGAUGUUACAGACCAACCACUUUCAACCCUCUGUUUAAACCAAGGAAUUAUAGACCUGACAACUACUUGUUGUUCACAGGGAAUAAAGCCCACAAACAUGACAAUAAUAAGAUGAUCUUAUCACAACAACAAGAAUUUUGAAAUGUGUGACAUUACAUUCCAUGUAGCCAAUAAUACUAAUAGCAUGCCCUGCAACAAAACCUAUCCUCAUGUAACCCAAAGAGUUAAGUUCCUUGUGUGAAUUGUCUGCACCAUUUAGACUCGGCACAAAUAAACUUUAUAUAAGUAUUAGAUAACAGAUUUACUUGGGUUUUCCGACUUUCCUGUUGCUUUCAGAAGUGUUAGGAUAGGUUAAUAAGUUUAAUAUAUAAGGACUGGUAUAGCCACCGAACUCAAAAGACCUGUGAUGGAACAGCAAGGUAAAACUGACAUAAACCACUGAUAGCUCCCCCUCAUCAGCCCCUUGGUUUGGCGUUAACUAUUUUCCUUGGCACUUGACCUACUGAAAAACGUGUUAACAUCUUUUAAAAAAUCCACAGCUAAUUGUUUUAAAUUAAUAAUCUUUCUCUUGUUUCCCUAGAAUUUCCACAAAAGAUUACUGUUAUUUUUUUAAAUUCAGGUUGGUAUUUCACACAUUUUGAAAUUAUUUGGAUUUCUCAUUGGUUUCUGUGUCCAGUAGCUAAUUGUUUACUUACAUUUUACUUAUUAAUUAUUAAAACGGGAUUGGAACCAAACAUAGUAAUAAAUGAAAUGCACUGAAUAUGGUUUAUUCAACCAUCAUAAGUUUAACUUUAUAUUUGGUUACACCCACUGCACACCAAAUAAAGCAAUUGUUCAAUAAACCUGUGCCAUAUUUUGAAUGGUACAUUUUUAUUUAAUGAUAUUGAGACACAUUGCAGCUCUGUUUAGCUGAAACUGAAACCUCUUUAACUGAUCUCUAUCAGCUAUUACUCAGGUUGGAAAUUAUAUGAAUGAACUUUCAGUGCCACCACUCAAACUUGUCAACAUUAUCAUUGUAAACUAACAUUUAUAAACUUCAUCAGGAUUGGAAAGACGUUUUCUUUACAGAAUGAUUACUCAUUUUUUCAUGUAUUGUAAUACUAUAUUUCAUUUUUUGGUUAAUAUUUUAUUUUUCGCAAGGGUUUGCUCACGAUGAACAAUUUCUGUACACUCGUUUUCUGCCAUAAGUCCUGUGAAAAAACUAACUUGGUUUCAAGUUAAGAUAGCUUUGUCAAGCCUGUUGAUUGUAUGAACAAAUCCUAUGUUGAUGAUAAACAGCUUAGUCUUCUCACUUUUUCUUAACUCUUCAUUCUCGUUAUUACUCAGUGUUAACAGCUUUCUUCUUAGAAAUAAAUAAGUUAUGAAUCUUGUUGAUUUUAUUAUAUGUAGCCAGUCAAUAGUAUUUAACAUUAUUGUUACCAAUAAGGCUACAAAUGUAUGUUAGGUAAAAUCUAAUUGAAUGUACUGAUCUCACAAACAUUUUCAUUUCAUUUUUAAGACUUGUGCAUUCUGUGUGGAUAAAAUUUGUCAACUUGUAAAAUAAACUAUUGUUAAAAUGUU